AUGGCUGUUGCUGCAGCACGGUGUGUGGUGGCUGCGGCUGCGGCCAUGGGCCCUACACGCGGACGGGUGCGGUUGCGGUCGCCGACCGAGGUCAUGGUGAGCAACGUCGAGGCAGCCAAUGCCAUGUCGCCGACCAUGAUGCUGGACUUUGCGGAUGUGGUGACGGAGCUGGAAGGGUAUGCCGAGGAUGCCCAAGGUCUGGUUGAUCCGCUCAUUAUCCGCGGAGAUCCCAAGGGCCGCGUCUUUUGCGCUGGCGCAGACGUCAAGGCCUGCGCGCCGCUGCUGGCCGACGCCGACGGUCGGAUGGCCAUGGCCACACUGAUGCACGACACGCUCUCGCGGCUGCAUGCUCUUCCGCUGUUGGUGGUGGCUGCCAUCGAUGGCGGCGCCUUUGGCGGAGGUGCCGAGCUGGCCACUGCGGCCGAUGUGAGGGUCCUCGCAGCCGACGCCCGCAUUGUCUUUGUCCAUGCCACCCGCGGGAUGAGCCCGGGAUGGGGCGGUGCCGCACGGCUCAAGCGCCUUCUUCCACCCGAAGCCGCCAUGCGGCUCAUCCUCACGGCAACGCCGAUCACGCCUGACUCUCCGUGGGCGCCGUGGCUGGUCGACUGCGUGGCACAGGCUGACGAUGCCUCGCCGACGCCGGCGUUGUGGCCAAUUGGCGACUGA